GCCAUCGCGUGCUUGAUGGACAUGAACGCGCUGCUGGACCGAUUCCAUAACUACAUCCUCCCGCACCUGCGGGGCGAGGACCGCGUCUGCCACUGCAACUGUGGCCGGCACCACAUCCACUACGUGAUCCCAUACGACGGGGACCAGUCGGUGGUGGACGCAUCUGAGAACUACUUUGUGACAGACAAUGUGACCAAGCAGGAGAUCGACCUUAUGCUGGGGCUGCUUCUGGGCUUCUGCAUCAGCUGGUUCCUGGUGUGGAUGGAUGGUGUCCUGCACUGUGCUGUGCGCGCCUGGAGGGCUGGUCGGCGCUAUGAUGGCUCGUGGACCUGGCUGCCCAAGCUGUGCAGCCUGCGGGAGCUGGGGCGGCGGCCGCACAGGCCCUUCGAGGAGCCCACAGGGAACAUGGUGCACGUGAAGCAGAAGCUCUACCACAACGGCCACCCCAGCCCACGGCACCUGUGAGUGCACAGGACUCGGGGCUGCUGUGCACAUGUAAAGGGACCUCGUGGACGCUCAGCUGGCGAGACGGGACUGCGGCCUCAGGCCCAGGAUAUGCUGGGCUGUGGCCAGCUGGGCUGUGGCCAGCAGGCAAAUCCAGUGGAAGGUGCUGUCUCUUCUUUUUAUAAAGGGGGUUGGGUGGGGGCUGGGGUUGGGAUGGCCACUGGGCUUCAGGGACAGCAACCUGGUUUCCACAGUGAGCAGGACACAAAGGCAGGCUUUUAGAGGUGCUGGGGCCAGGGGUGGUGGGUUCACAAUGGGGAUAGGCAUGGCCUGGGUCACGCUAGCCUAAGGCCGCAUCUCAUUGAAAGCCACUGUUUCCUGUGCACCUGUCCAUCCGUCCGUCUGGAGGGGAGGGAUGUGUCAGGGCCUGCGCCCAUCUGCACACGGGAGCAUGUGCAUGGGGCGUGUGCGACUGGAGGACUGGAGGGUGGGACUGGAAGGGCGGGCCCCCAGCAGCAAUAAAGAUGUGGUGGCCCCAGGUGUCCCAGCCCUCACUGUGAAGCCCACCCUGCCUGGCCAGUAAAUUCUCCAGAAAGCUCCA